AUGGCUCCCCCAUUCAAGAUUCUCAUUGCAGGAGCAGGACUCGGAGGUGUCACCCUCGCCGUGUUACUGGAGCGUGCCAAGAUUGACUUUGAGCUCUUUGAAUCCUCCUCCUCCGUCUCUCCUCUCGGAAGCGCUAUUUUGAUCGGUCCCACUGCGAUGCCGCUAUUUGAGCAAUUGGGUCUGCUUCGUCGUCUUCAGGAGAUUUCGAAGCCCAUCAAGACGAUGCACUUGGUUGAAGAGAGUCUAAAGCGGAUAGGGGAGAUUGACCUUGCGGAUCAUAAAGAGCAGACCGGGUAUGACUCUUUGGUUACAACGAGGUCCGACCUCCUACAGCUACUCGCCUCUCAAAUCCCGUCUCACAAGAUCCACUUCUCAAAACGAAUCGUCUCCUUCACAGCCAACAAGGACGAGGUCGUCCUUCGCUGCGCCGACGACACGACUUACCAAGGCGAUGUCCUCAUCGGAGCCGACGGAGCAUUCUCAAAAAUCAGAGAGCUGUUGUAUAAGCAGGUUGCCAAGAAAGGGAUCUUGCCAAGACAGGAUGCAGUGGCGGUGGCGGCGGAUGUUGCGGCGGCGACGGUCGCAAAUGCUGCUGCUUUGCUUGAUGAUGGUAGUGAUGAGACGGCAACAGCGGAGGCGGAGGGGGAGGCGUUGAAGGGCGGGCAUAUCCAUCUCGUGGGUGUUACGCAUGCAUUGGAUGUCGAGAAGUUUGGGGCGCUCUUGGAAGAUGAGAGUCGGUGUGAGAUUGUUGUUGGCACCACCUUGCCUCAUUCUUGGAGUUAUUUUACGGUGCCUGGAAAUCGGAUCUGUUGGUCGGUGAAUAUGGAGAUUGACGACAACACGCUUCUGGAACAACGCGCCCGUUGCGUCGACUCCUCCUACCCACCAAAAUCGCCUCCCUCACCCACACCCUCCUCCCUCUCUCACCUCUCCUUCUCCUCCACCGAAAGCGGCCAAUUCACCACCGCAGCAACACUAGGUUGGGAGGCAGAAGAAUCCAACACAAUCGCCCAUUCCCUCCUCGUCUCGGAAGAAUGCCGAACCUUCCCAUUACCAAUGGGCGGCAAACUUGGUGAUCUGAUGGACGCGACACCCAAGGACCAUAUGGCUCGAGCCAUCUCGGAAGAGACGCUGUUCGAGACAUGGCAUCAUGGACGGACCCUCUUGAUCGGUGACGCAUGUCAUCGCAUGUUCCCGAAUGCAGCCCAUCAAGGAGCGACCAACGCGAUUGGGGAUGCAGUGAUUUUGGCCAACUUGUUCCAUGAUUUGCCGUUGGCUUCUUCAGAGAAUUUGGUUGAGUUGUUCAAGGACUUUCAUGCGGAUCGGUACUUGCAUGCCAAGGGACAGAUGUUGAUGAACCGCAAAGUUAACCGCAUCCUCAGCGGACAGACGUGGACAGAGUCGCUGAUGAGAAAGUUCUAUGUGCGGUACAUGUCAAAGGUGUACCAACAUUUCUGUGAUUCAAAGACGUUGGCGGAUCGUCCUCAAGCGACCUUCUUGCCGCUUGUCGAGAGUCGUGGACAUGUCGAUGCUCUGCCUCAGAAGGAGCAUAAGGUCUUUGGAGCUGAUACCCAUGAGAAGCACUAA